AUGCGCUCCUCCCGUAUUUACUUGGAUUCCAUAGACCAAUAUCCUGUUCUCCGGCAGCAGAAUCCCGAAAAUGCGAAUCAACCGCUGGGAGAUCUGUCCACUCUCACCGUCAUCCCCCUACCAUCGCUGCGACUCCUGAGCCUUGAGAGGUCCGAGAUCGGUACAAUUGAUGGCGCUGACAUUCCUAAAAAGGACAUCAAUUACCACAUGAACCUGGAAAACAAAGGUCUGGUAUUGCGUACACUCUCUGCUUUGAUCCGUAUGAGAGAAGAUACCUUCGACAAUAUCAAGAUUAAGUCCUCGCCCCUUGUAGGAGCGUUUGCCAAUUAGCACACGCUAGACUUUGGUCUCUCUGUAUUCAGCAAAAGCCUGCCCACGCUGAAGUCCGAGUUGACAUCCAAUGGAGGGUAUCUGGUCAGCGACGAUAAAAAUUCUGCAGCCUUAAAAAAGCC